GAGGAACGAUACCGCGGCAGCUAUCGGGGGCCCGAUCGGCACGACGAGCAGCACCACCACCAUCACUCAGAGGCCCGUCACCACGACCAUCCAGCCUGGCACUGCGAGCACGGUCACGCCGAUCAUGCUGACGAGUCCCACGUUCACGGAUGACAAAAAGAAUGCAUCGGACAAGUUGAUCACUAGGACGUGCUCUGGCAUCUGCAUGUCCGAGAGAAUCGCCAACUACUGCGACGCGGUCUGGAACAUCGAGUCACUCUGCAAGAGCGGCUUCAAGUGUUGCGUGUCGCGCGACAUGUUUGGCAACUCACCGCCUCCUGAGCUCCUCGUCAUCGACCGCACCAAAUCCAACCUGACGCACAUCGAUAAUUUUAAUUCCUCCGUCUCCCCAACGUCCUACACCUCCUACCCUCUUUCCUCUAACUCCACAGUAUUGUUGAUCACGAGUUCACCAGCUCCGACGACCUUCUUGUUGUCGACCAACACGUUGCCCUCCGCGAGACCUGCUUCGCCCUCGGUGCAGACAAGCACCUUGACCACUACCCUCGCCACGACCAGCAAACCCAAGCCCGUCACCCAGCCGCCCAAAGAAUGCAAGGGCGACUGCGUCAAUCCACUGUUGGCCCUCAUCUGCGACAACGUCGACACUGACGCCGACUGUGGGGACUCGGGUUACUGCUGCAUCAGGGAUCCCCCGAAGGAGGAGCCAACGACGACGACGCCGAAACCUACGACUAAGGCGACGACAAAGCUGCCGUCCUGUCCAGGCUUCUGUCUGAUGAACAUCAUGUUGGCUUUCUGCGAGAGACCGAACGCCAUUAUUUACCGGACAUCCACCUGUUCCUCGGGACAAUUCUGCUGUGAUACCACCAAGAGCCCAUCGACGAGGAGACCAAGGCCAAAAUCGACCACGCCCAGACCGUCGCCGACGACGACCGUCGCUCUACCCCCCGAUCCACGUCCCGAGUGCCGGGGAUCCUGCAUAGUGUCGUACCUAUCCUUCACCUGUUUCAACAACGCCGAGGUGACGAGCAUCUUCAAGUGCAAGAAUCUUGGUCAUCUGUGCUGUGCCGCCAAAUCAGUCAUCCGCGAGUACCUGGGAAUCCAGGCGGACAACGCGACCGUGGCCCAACUGAACAAUAGAAACGACACAGUCACGCCUCCGUCCUUGGCACAACAACCGCCGCCGUCGACUCCAUUGUCGACGACCUCGUUGACGACGACAAUGAUGACAACGACGACGGCCAGGAGCCCGGUGUACAGCAAAUACGUGUGCGGCGUGAAGGGCACGUCGAGGGCGCCGAUCCAGGCGCGCAGUCUACAGCUGCAAUCUCCCGAGCGCGGUGCCAGGGUCGUCGGUGGCGAGGACGCCGACGCCAACGAGUGGUGCUGGCAGGUCGCCCUCAUAAACUCGCUCAACCAGUACCUGUGCGGCGGUGCCCUCAUCGGUACCCAGUGGGCACUCACUGCAGCUCACUGCAUCACAAAUAUUGUGAGAUCGGGCGACGCGAUCUACGUGAGGGUCGGCGACGUCGACCUGACCCGCAAGUACGGCAGCCCGGGGGCGCAAACGUUGCGCGUCGCCACGACCUACAUACACCACAACCACAACAGCCAGACCCUGGACAACGACAUAGCGCUCCUGAAGCUGCACGGCCAGGCCGAGCUCAAGGACGGCGUUUGCCUGGUGUGCCUACCAGCUCGGGGGGUCAGUCACACGGCCGGCAAGAGGUGCACCGUCACCGGUUACGGCUACAUGGGCGAAGCUGGCCCAAUUCCGUUGAGAGUACGUGAGGCGGAGAUUCCGAUCGUGAGUGACGCGGAAUGCAUCAGGAAAGUCAAUGCCGUGACGGAAAAGAUCUUCAUUCUGCCAGCGAGUAGCUUCUGCGCCGGUGGCGAGCAGGGCAACGACGCCUGCCAGGGCGAUGGAGGUGGUCCGUUGGUGUGCCAAGACGACGGUUUCUACGAGCUGGCCGGCUUGGUCUCGUGGGGCUUCGGCUGCGGACGGGUGGACGUGCCCGGGGUCUACGUCAAGGUCUCGGCCUUCAUCGGCUGGAUAAAUCAAAUCAUCUCGGUCAACAACCUGUAG